AUGUUAAACGCUUUUAUCUUUUCAUUCAUUCUUUCUUUCGUUCUUUCUUUCUUUCAUUCUUUCUAUCGUUUUUUCAUGCAUUCAUUCAUUCUUUCUUCCAUUCUUUCUUUCUUUCUUUCUUUUUUUCUUAGGUUCUUUCUUUCAUUCUUUCUUUCUUUCUUCCAUUCUUUCUUUCUUUCUUUCUUUCUUUCAUUCCCUCUUCCAUUCUUUCUUUUAUUCUUUCUUUCAUUCAUUCAUUCAUUCAUUCUUUCUUCCAUUCUUUCUUUCAUUCUUUCUUUCUUUCUUCCAUUCUUUCUUUUCUUUCUUUCUUUCUUUCUUUCUUUCUUUCUUUCAUUCCCUCUUCCAUUCUUUCUUUUAUUCUUUCUUUCAUUCAUUCAUUCAUUCAUUCUUUUUUCCAUUCUUUCUUUCAUUCUUUCUUUCUUUCUUCCAUUCUUUCUUUCUUUCUUUCUUUCUUUCUUUCAUUCCCUCUUCCAUUCUUUCUUUCAUUCUUUCUUUCUUUCAUUCAUUCAUUCAUUCUUUCUUCCAUUCUUUCUUUCUUUCUUUCUUUCAUUCCCUCUUCCAUUCUUUCUUUUAUUCUUUCUUUCAUUCAUUCAUUCAUUCAUUCUUUCUUCCAUUCUUUCUUUCUUUCUUUCAUUCUUUCUUUCUUUCAUUCCCUCUUCCAUUCUUUCUUUCAUUCUUUCUUUCUUUCAUUCCCUCUUCUAUUCUUUCUUUCAUUCUUUCUUUCUUUCCUUCAUUCAUUCUUACUGCAUUCUUUCUUUUAUUCUUUCUUUCAUUCAUUCAUUAAUUCAUUCAUUCUUUCUUCCAUUCUUUCUUUCUUUCUUUCUUUCUUUCUUUCAUUCCCUCUUCCAUUCUUUCUUUUAUUCUUUCUUUCAUUCAUUCAUUAAUUCAUUCAUUCUUUCUUCCAUUCUUUCUUUCUUUCUUUCUUUCUUUCUUUCAUUCCCUCUUCCAUUCUUUCUUUUAUUCUUUCUUUCAUUCAUUCAUUAA